AUGUCACACUUUAGUACAACUGAAGAAGAGGCACUAAUUUAUGGUUGGGUCAUAGCAAGCAACGAUCCAAUUCAUGGAAAAGAUAAAAAGGGUGCAAUAUUUUGGAGUAAGAUUAUUGAGGAGUACAACAAAAGAAAGGGUCCUGAUGGUAACGUAAGAGAUAAAAAAGCAUUGCAAACAAAGUGCAACACAAUAAGAACCGAUGUGAGGAAAUAUAUUUCUUUUGUUAGGCCUUACUUCAGAAACAAACCUACGGGGAUGACCGAGGCGGAUUAUUAUCAUCGUGGAAAGCAGAAUUAUGAAGCAUCGACUGGAAAACUUUGGAAGUACGAUUCGGUUUUCCAGAUAUUGAAGACUUAUCAACCCGAUUACAACCCGGCGGUGAAUAAUGAUGAUGGGGUCGGUACUUCCACGCAACCUAGUCAACAAACUCAAGCUACUGAAGAAAAUGAAGAUGAUAAUUUGGAUCAAGAUUUCCAAAAUAUGGCAAGGUUUGGUGGAAGUUCAUCUAAUUCUGAAUCCUCUGAUUUAUCAAACAUAAGGCGCUUUUUUGAAGUAACUGAUGAUGUUAGAAGUGAAGGUAGAGAUCAAGCAAAAAAAAGGGCUCGUGAGGCUAAAGCAUCGCACAAAUCAGAUGAAAAAAUGGAUAAACUCAUCGAUCUUCUUGAAAACGCACAAGCACAAAGAGAGGCCAAAUAUGAAAGAGAGGAAGAGUAUCUAAGGAAGAACUUGGAAAGCUCUACAAUCUUGGCACAAACGCAUCAAAGAGAUUCGGAAAUGAAAAUCCUACGACAACCCUUGGAUGAAUUACAAGAAUGUGAGAGACCCAUCUACAAAAUAUGGAAGAACGAGAUUUUAGCCCGUUAUGGCUUGGACCCUAUCCCCUAA